AUGGAUUUGGCAUAUGCUUCCCCUUUCUUCCAUUUUCUUGUGCUAGUAACAUUCAUUUCUAUGCUACUAUCAUCAUCAACAACAAAAACUUUGGCCAGUGAUUUCUCAAUCAAGGAAGCAACAGUGCAAGAUCUCCAACUUGCUUUCCAAAGAAACCAAUUAACAUCAAGACAACUUGUUGAGUUCUACCUCAACCAAAUCAAUAUCCAAAACCCAGUUCUCAAAGGAGUAUUGGAAGUGAAUCCAGAUGCACUAGCACAAGCAGAUAAAGCUGACAAAGAGAGAAGGGAAAAGGCAGCAGGUUCUCUAUCAAGGUUGCAUGGAAUACCUAUUUUGGUUAAGGAUAAUAUUGCAACUAAGGAUAAGUUGAAUACUACUGCAGGCUCUUAUACCCUACUUGGAUCAGUGGUGCCAAGAGAUGCAGGUGUUGUUACCAAGUUAAGGAAAGCUGGGGCUAUCAUACUAGGGAAAGCCAGUAUGAGUGAGUGGGCACAUUACAGAUCUUUUGAUAUUCCUAAUGGUUGGAGUGCCAGAGGUGGACAAGGAAAGAAUCCAUAUACAUUGGGUGAACCCUGUGGUUCAAGUAGUGGAUCAGCAAUAUCUGUAGCUGCAAAUUUGGUGACUGUAUCGCUUGGUACCGAAACCGACGGCUCCAUUUUAUGUCCUUCCAAUUUUAACUCAGUGGUAGGCAUCAAACCCACAGUUGGUCUCACUAGUAGAGCAGGUGUAGUUCCAAUUAGUCCAAGGCAAGACACUGUUGGGCCAAUUUGCAGGACUGUAUCAGAUGCUGCCUAUGUUCUCGAAGCCAUAGCAGGCAUUGACACUUUUGAUAAGGAAACAAUUGAAGCAUCAAAGUAUAUACCAAAAGGUGGCUAUGCUCAAUUUCUAAAGAAAGAUGGACUAAGAGGAAAGAGAUUAGGAAUAGUGAGUCUAUACUACAAUUUUGGAAAUGACACUUUUCUGCAUGAAACUUUCAAGCUACACCUAAAAACGUUAAGGCAAAGAGGUGCCAUUUUGGUCGACAAUCUGAAGAUUGAUGACAUUGAUGAAAUUAUGAAUGCUCAAAGUGAAACUAUUGCUUUGAAUUUUGAAUUCAAAUUAUCCUUGAAUGCAUACCUGAAAGACUUGGUUGCUUCACCGGUGAAAAGUUUGGCAGAUGUAAUAGAUUUCAACAAGAAACACUCCAAAUUGGAGAAAGUUGAUGAGUAUGGCCAAGAUCUUUUGCUGGCAGCUGAAAAGACAAAUGGAAUUGGGAAAGCAGAGAAACAGGCAUUAUUAAACAUGACAAGAUGGUCACAAAACGGGUUUGAGAAAAUGAUGAAAAGAAAUAAACUUGAUGCUGUGGUAACACCUUUUUCUUCCUUUAGUGGCAUCCUUGGUAUUGGAGGUUAUCCUGGAGUGAGUGUUCCAGCAGGAUAUGAAAAGGGUGAGCCAUUUGGAAUUUGCUUUGGAGCUUUGAAAGGCUCAGAGCCUAAGUUGAUAGAAAUUGCUUAUUCAUUUGAGCAAGCAACUUUGAUCAGAAAGCCACCACCCCUAAGGAAGUUGGAAGUUGAAAGUUCUUGGUAA